AUGAAUGUUUCCUUCAAAUAUCAGCCGGAAGCCUCGACAACAGAAGCUAGAACCACUGUUGUGAGUGCUACCGUUACGUCUACUGUUCCAUCGACCACUGAGGCACCAUCAACUACUGAGGAGGUGACAACCACUGCUGUGUACACAACUACCCAAGAGUCAACUACUGUGGAAGAGACUACUACAGUACGGAGUACCACUGAAGAGAGUACAACAGCUCCUCCAAGUACAACUGAGAAGGCAACUACUCGUGUGACAACUACAAAGGCUCCUUCAACAACUGCCCCACCUUCCACAACUGCUCCACCUCCAACAACUGCCCCACCUUCAACAACCAAGGAGGUGACAACAGUUGUUACCACUACUCCUGAAUCAACCACAAGGGCGGUCACCACAGUGGAGGCUACAACAGAAGCCUCCACUACAGAAGCUGUGACAACUGUUGUUAGCAGAACAGCUACUUCUGUAGUUCCAUCAACUACUGAGGAGAUGAUAACUAGUCCUGUGUACACAACUACCGCAGAGUCAACUACUGUGGAAGAGACUACUACAGUACGGAGUACCACUGAAGAGAGUACCACAGCUCCUCCAAGUACAACUGAGAAGGCAACUACUCGUGUGACAACUACAAAGGCUCCUUCAACAACUGCCCCACCUUCCACAACUGCUCCACCUCCAACAACUGCCCCACCUUCAACAACCAAGGAGGUGACAACAGUUGUUACCACUACUCCUGAAUCAACCACAAGGGCGGUCACCACAGUGGAGGCUACAACAGAAGCCUCCACUACAGAAGCUGUGACAACUGUUGUAACCAGAACAGCUACUUCUAUAGUUCCAUCAACUACUUUUGCACCAUCAACUACUGAGGAGAUGACAACCAGUGUUGUGUACACAACUACCCCAGAGUCAACUACUGUGGAAGAGACUACUACAGUACGGAGUACCACUGAAGAGAGUACAACAGCUCCUCCAAGUACAACUGAGAAGGCAACUACUCGUGUGACAACUACAAAGGCUCCUUCAACAAUUGCCCCACCUUCCACAACUGCUCCACCUCCAACAACUGCCCCACCUUCAACAACCAAGGAGGUGACAACAGUUGUUACAACUACUCCUGAAUCAACCACAAGGGCGGUCACCACAGUGGAGGCUACAACAGAAGCCUCCACUACAGAAGCAGUGACAACUGUUGUUACCAGAACAGCUACUUCUAUAGUUCCAUCAACUACUUUUGCACCAUCAACUACUGAGGAGAUGACAACUAGUGUUGUGUACACAACUACCCCAGAGUCAACUACUGUGGAAGAGACUACUACAGUACGGAGUACCACUGAAGAGAGUACAACAGCUCCUCCAAGUACAACUGAGAAGGCAACUACUCGUGUGACAACUGCAAAGGCUCCUUCAACAACUGCCCCACCUUCCACAACUGCUCCACCUCCAACAACUUAUCCACCUUCAACAACCAAGGAGGUGACAACAGUUGUUACCACUACUCCUAAAUCAACCACAAAGGCGGUCACCACAGUGGAGUCUACAACAGGUUAG